AAAUUCUAUUUACUUUCUUUUUGUUUUCCUGUCAGUUGUGAACGUUGUGAAAUAAAAUUGAUUAUUUUCUGGUUUAUCAACUGCUCUGGCAUUUAGUACUGAAGAUAAAAAAUAUGUAAAUAGAAUUUCAUUGUUUUUUUCAAUACAAGAAAAGUAGUUGUUUUGGUUUGCAGUUCAUUGCAAAUUCUAACCUCAAAAAUUUGGUGAUAAUACACUUCGUAAGUGAAAGAAACUUGUUUUUUUUUAAUUGAAAAAAGAUGUUAUCAAUGGAAAGAAUUCCUGAUCAAAUUGGCUACUUAGUUUUAACGGAGGAUGGUGCAAUUUUAGCAUCUGGAGGGGAAUUAGGAAACGAUGAGAGGAUAGCCAACGUCAUUAUCGGAUUAGUGACAUUAAUCAGCAAAGAUAAUUCAAAAGCCUUCUUUGCUGAGGAUUUUGAAAAAAUAAGCAUCACAUACAGCGACCACUGCUAUAUAAUUUGUCUUUCGAACAAAAAGAUUCAUGUCGUUAAAAAGAGAUUAGUUUCAUCUGCUUCAACGCAAGAAAGUCAAAUCAUAGAGAUCACGUCUUAGAGCGAGCUGAACGCGUUUAAAAUAAACAAAAGAAUAUUAUUAAUUAUUAUUAAUUAAUAUUAUUAAUAAUCAUGAAUUAUAAUUCAUGAAUGAGAAAUUAUAAUAUUCUUAUGUAUAUUUUCCUGAGUUUAUAAAUGAAACUCUAAAAUUAGAAUUUAAGCUUCUUUAUUAAAAUUCUAUAUUUUUAUGUUUAUCAAGUUUUAAUUUCUGUUUAAUUUAUCUUGAUCAAGUUUGAAUGAAAUUAAAUAUGUAAAUACAUUCAUUAAUAAUAAUGUAAAAAAAAUAUAGUAAGUUGUUGUCUGAAUCUCAAUUUAUUUCUGGAAUGAUUAAAAAAAUAAAGUGGAUAAUUUCAAA